GUUCUGCUUCGUCUCAGAAAUCAUUCCCCCUCCUUCCCCCGUGUUCUCUCCUCCACUCCCCCAGCUCGUGUCGCCGCCGGCCUCACCCUCUGCCAGCCCCAUGCGUCUCCAUCACUCCGGAAGUGCGUGGCUCCAUCACGGCGGCACCGAGUGACAAAUAUUCUCCACUGGGUUUUGAAUUUUUGUACAGCUUGUUCAACUUCACCAUUUCCGCACGCUUUAGUCCUCCACUGGUUUGCUGCUGCCGAGAGCCACCGUAGGUCGUCUUGCAAGGAUAUUGAAUAAAUUGCGUGAUGGGCGAAGAUGAAGAUGGAAGGCCACCCAGGCCUUCUACAUCGAUUUCAGGAACCCAGGGAUAUUAUGGAAAUGUAAAUCCAUAUAACUUGCCAUAUAUGAUGCCUCCAAAUCCAUAUCCAUAUCCACAUCCAAAUCCGUACGCUUGGGGUAGUCAGCAUCUGCCACUACCACCCUUUGGAACAACCAUGUCAUCCCCUCUGUUGAGUAAUCCAGAAGAGUUGAGACGAGGUGAAGAUACAACCCAGCAGUCGGCGAUGCCACUAUGUGUGCCAACUAUGCCCUACCCACAUUGCGCAAGUGAGUCAUCAACUAUGCCAUCCUCCUCUGUAGCUGAAAAGAAUUUAGGAGGAACAUAUCCACAUCCAUAUGCUUGGGGUAGCCAGCAUCUGGCACCGCCACCCUUUGGACCAACCAUGCCAUCCCCUUUGUCGAGUAUUUCGGAGGAGUUGAGACGAGGUGAAGAUACAACCCAGGUAGUUCAUCAUUUGGCAAUGCCACUACGUGUGCCAACUAUGCCAUCCAAUUCUGUACCCCAUCAGAAUUUAGAAGAAACUUCAUCCAACAUAAAUAUAGAGCCAGAUGCAGAGGGGGUGAAUGAAGUAUCAGAUGAUGAUAAUAGAGUUGAGCCUCCAAACGCUGGUAUGCACUUUGCUACUGAUAAAGAGAUUUUAGACUAUUACAAACGAUACGCCAAACAAGAGGGUUUUGGUGUUAUCAUAAGAAGAACGAAGAGAGAUCUGGAUGGGAGUGUGAAGUAUGUGACAAUUGGCUGUGCACGUGGCGGCAAGUAUUAUCCUAGCCACAGUAAUUUAUCAAAGCCAAGGCCAACGACAAAAACUGAUUGUAAGGCAAAGAUAAAUGCUCGGUUUGUGAAUGGGGUAUGGGUGUUGACCAGUAUUGAUCUUGUUCACAAUCACAGUACGGUUAGCCCACAAAAAUCUAGAUUUUUUAGAUCUCACAAACAUUUGGAUGAAUAUAGUCAGAGAAUGCUCGAUUUGAAUGACAGAGCGGGUAUUUGGAUGAAUAAAAAUUUUCAAGCACUUGUGACUGAUGUUGGGGGGUUUGAGAAUUUAGCUUUCCAAGAGAAAGAUUAUAGGAAUUUUAUUGACAAAGCUAGAUACUUGAGAAUGAGUAAAGGAGGUGGUGAAGCACUAAAUGGCUACUUUAAGAGAAUGAGGAAAAUGAAUGAUGACUUUGUUUCCGUCAUGGACGUGGAUGAUGAGUUUAGAGUUAGGAAUGUGUUUUGGGCUGACGCACGAAGUCGGGCCGCAUAUGAGUAUUUUGGAGACGUCAUCACGUUCGAUACUACGUACCUAACAAAUAGGUAUGGGAUGCCGUUUGCUCUCUUUGUUGGAGUAAACCAUCAUGGACAGUCCAUUCUUUUAGGGGCAGACUUGAUUUCAAGUGAGGAUACAAGUACCUUCGUCUGGUUGUUUGAAGCAUGGUUAGAAUGCAUGAAUGGACGGGAACCCGUAGCAAUCAUAACAGACCAAGAUAGGGCAAUGAAGAAUGAGAUUGAGAUUGUAUUCCUGAAUGCAAGACAUAGAUAUUAUCUCUGGCAUAUAAUGCGAAAACUGUUGGAGAAAUUGGGAUCCCACUCGGCAUAUAACGCAGGAUUGAAGACUGCAAUUAUGAGUGCAGUCUAUGAUACACAAAAUGCCGAACAAUUUGAGGAGAAGUGGGGGCAGUUAAUUCAUAACUAUGACCUUAUUGACAAUUCAUAGUUGCAGGGGUUGUACGCUGAGAGGUCAUUUUGGAUACCAGUUUACUUGAAAGGUGUAUUCUGGGCUGGUAUGAGCACUACCCAACGGUCUGAAAGCAUGAACGCCUUCUUCGACAGAUAUGUGCAUUCCGGUACGACAUUGAAAGAAUUUGUCGAUCAAUUUGACAAUGCUUUGAGGAAGAAGGUGGAGGCGGAGACGACAGUUGAUUUCCAGUCCUGUAACCAAACAAUCCCAUGUGUAUCCCUAUUCAAAAUUGAGAGGCAGUUUUAGUCAUUAUACACGAAUGCAAAAUUUAAAGAGGUCCAAGCAGAGGUUUGGGGGAUGCUUUUAUGUAACCCUUCACUUGUGGGCACUGAAGGUAGCAUUUCCACCUUCGAUGUUUUAGAAGAAAUCUCUACACCUGAUGGACAAUCCAAAAUUGUUAAGUACAUUGUUUACUUUAAUGAAGACGAAUGCGAAGUUCAAUGCACGUGUGCCUUGUUUGAGAUGAGGGGGAUUUUCUGUAGGCAUGCAUUUAAGGUCUGUCAGAUGAAGUACAUUCAUGUGCUGCUAGAGAACGGGUCAAUGCGGAUGAUGUACAGGUCAAUGCGAAGAUACACACUAGUUAAGAGUAGUUAUGAUGAUGUACGGGUCAAUGCGGAUGCACGACGCUAUGAGCUUGUUGUACAAAGAUGUCUAAGAUUUGCGACGCAUGUAUCUCGAAAUGAUGAAGAUGUGAAUGCAUUCUUUCAUAUGUUGGACGACUUUGAGCACAAGUAUGUAGGAUUAGAGCCUGAGUCCGGUUCUUCAAAGUUAAAACAGAACGUGGUCGCCGUCGCCGAUAAGGAUAAGAAAAUAUUAAGCCUGCACGUUGUUUAGGGGAAAGGGAGACCGCCAACACGAAGAAAGGUCCCAAUGGUCGAGAAGGCUACAAGGAAGAGAAAAAAAAA